AUGACGAGUUCAAAAGUGAUUGCGCAGGAUGCAUCAAGUAUAUCGAAAAUACGCCCUUUCCUAUUCACAUGUAUUAUCAACUGCGUUGCGGGUCUUCGACAGAUAGUUCCCCGGCAUCUCGCGGUGCUCCAUAUACCGAUUGAAGAUGACGAAGACACUGAUCUCAGUCCUUAUUGGCAUAUUGUUUUCCACAAAAUUGAUGAACAAAAGAGGAAACAUGGCAAAGUGCUCAUAUUUUGCGGCAUGGGUAUUUCCAGAUCGGCGACAUUUGUGGUUGCUUAUCUGAUGUGUAUCGAAAAGAUGACACUGCGAGAUGCGUACAAGGAAGUGCAAAGCAUUCGUAAUAUUAUCUGCCCCAAUGUUGGAUUCUUCAAGCAAAUGAUCGAACUAGAAGAAAAGCUCUACAAUCAAACAACGGUGAAGAUAAUAACACCAAUAAAUGGAGUUGAAGUGCCGGACGUUGUGUGGACAGAGCUCUAUGAGGAAAUGAUGGAUGAUUUGAGCAAGAAUAACGCCGGCAGAUUGCUUGCCCAACAAUAG